UCGAAAAACGUGUAUAGAAGAGUAGACAACUAGCGACUCAUGCUUAUGUUCGCCUUAUUUACUGUAUAUAUAAAACGUGAACCGCUUUUAUUCAGCAACACGCCGAAAGGUUUGUGAGAAAAAGGCGGGGCAGGAGGUCAGUGAUUGUAGGCUACUGCAGAGCCAACAUGAGACUGCGUCUAUAACCACUGCGGCAGGCGUUUGCUGGGACUGGACGGGAUGGAGACGUGAUGUUUCCCUCGCAGGCUGACAUGUUUCGGGGAUACCGCUUUCACGUCCUAAAUGACAAGGGUAGUGCGUGUUAAUAGAUUGGGACGCAUUUGGCAUGGAAACCAGCGUGCGAACAGAUGCGUGGGUUUCAAUGGUAAGCGACGCAACAAGGGAGUGAGCAGCGGGCAUCUCUGCUUUUUAUCCAUCGCUGGAGGCCCCGCCCAUGUGAGCGUGAUGUCCAUCCCACAGCUCUCGCUCCUUGUCCUUGUCCUGGCCCUCCGUGCCCUAGACGCGACCCUGGCCCUGGGCUGCCCGGCCGGAUGCCGCUGCUACAGCCUAACGGUGGAAUGUGGCUCCAUGGAGCUUAGGGAGUUCCCCCAGAACAUUCCACCCAUCACUCAGACCAUCUUCCUGCAGGACAACGCCAUUGGACAGGUGCGCUGGCGGGACCUGUCGCGAUUGACCAGCCUACGCUACCUGUACUUGCAGCACAAUGGAUUGUCGGCGCUGGAGCCGGGCGCCUUCCGCGGCCAGGGCCAGCUGCUGGAGCUGGCGCUCAAUGGUAACCGCAUCCACCUGGUGACGCCCGAUGUCUUCCUGGGGCUGGCGCACCUGCGCGUGCUCUACCUGGCCAGCAACCAGAUUACGCGGCUGCAGGACUUCACCUUCCGCGGGCUGCAGCGGCUGCAGGAGCUCCACCUGCAGGAGAACAGUGUGGAGGUGCUGGGGGAACAGGCUCUGGCGGGCCUGGGCUCCCUGGCAUUGCUGGACUUGAGUCGCAACAACCUGCACACUCUGAGCCAGGCAUCGUUGCGACCCCUGGUCAGCCUGCAGGUACUGCGUGUCACAGGCAACCCUUGGCGCUGCGACUGCGCACUGCACUGGCUGCGCAGCUGGAUCGACGAGGAGGGCCAGCGGCUGCUGAGCUCGGCCGACAGGCGGCUGGUGUGCGCCGAGCCGCCGCGCCUGUCACACCUCAGCCUGGUGGAGGUGCCCCGGAACAGCUUGGUGUGCAUCCCGCCUGCCGUGCGCCUGCAGCCGCGCCGGCGCUCCCUGCGGCCCGGCGAGAGCCUGCGGGUGUCCUGCCAGGCCUCUGGUUACCCACAGCCACAGGUCACCUGGAGGAAGGCCGUCCAGGACAGGGCCAGGGCCACUCCCCAGGGGCUGACACAGGAAGCGGCUCCGGAGCCUGAAGCCACGGCACCUGCGGCCGCUGACGGCCAGGGGGAGUCCGAGCGAUUCGGCCCGGACAUGGGCAGUGGGAUGCUAUUCCUUAGCAAUGUGACAGAAGCCCACGGGGGGCUCUACGAAUGCGAGGCUUGGAAUGCCGGGGGUGUGGCCCGGGUGACCUUUCACCUUCACGUUAACGUGUCACCAUCCUCGUCCUCCUCGGGCUCCUCCGCUGCCUCCCCUUCCUCGCCCUGGCGCCCCUGGCUGCAGUCAUCCCACCCGGCGCUGAUGGACGUCAGCAGGGAGCCUCUCUAUGCCCUUGGCAGCAUGGAUUUCAACGCACUGGGCACCGCCACUCAGACAGCCAUUGCCGCUGGUAUCGCCCUACUGGCGCUCACCGCCCUGCUACUGGUGGCCAUGAUCUACAGCCGUCACCGGCAGCGGCAGAAGGGCCAGCAGGAGGAGAGCGUCCUCUAUGUCAACGACUACUCAGAUGGGCCCACCACCUUCGCCCAACUGGAGGAGUACCGCGACGAGCGCGGCCACGAGAUGUACGUGCUGAACCGCGACCGGCCCGUUAUUCCUCCUCCCCAGCAGGGGGUGCUGCCGCCUGCCGAGUCCCCGCAGCACCGUGCUCCUCGGCCAAUGAGCCGGAUGGCAGGCGAGGGGGAGGAGGCAGUGCCGACUAUGGACGUGGAGGCCGAGGAACUCUUCCUGAGCCAGAGCCUGCUGUUUGACAAGCAGAUUGCCUACGAGAUCCACUGCUGAAAAAGACGGCGGCCGUUUCCCAAGUGCGUGCCGAGUUCAUGGACAGCCGGAACUCAGCGCUGACGCGUGUUGAGAGUUCUGUGUGGGGAGAGGGGGAGCUGGGUGAACAAGGACGGUGAGACCAUAUACCAAGAAAACCAUCACAUGAGGUUGUGGCAGAGACCACAGUAGGGACAUGAAUGCUUCGAAACAAGAAGUAGGCUGUGGCGAAUGAGUAAUUAUGAACAGGAACCAUCCCUGUGAAACUGUCAUGAAAGAGAACCAGAGAGGCCAUUAAAAGGACGACAAUAAUAAUAAUAAUAAUAAUAAUUUAGCUGGAUAUGCCAUCACUAGAGAAGAGCCCCGGCCAAUCUAAUGGUCAAAAAUGGAGCAGAAUCAUAGCUGUGACAGAGACUUGUGAGAAAGACAUUGUUCUUCAGAUCAUCCACGAAGCUCUGAAACAGAAACUGUACUUGUCAAACCACAACAAAAGAGGCUGACAGUUGCCGUCAGAAGUAUCCACACCAGUAGUCCGCGGUGAAAAAACCACGUGCAUAUUCUAUCGCUGAGAGUGUAGCUACAUCAAGCUGUAGCUACAUCAAGUUAUGUGAUGACAAAACCGGUGAGACUGGGCAUGAGCAUCUAGCUUCACGGCCCCGUGUUUACACUGAGCACAGAGUCACAGAGCAAAGCAUUAUGGGCGCUGACAAUAUGGGCACAUUAAGGCGUCAAUUCUCACUGUACUUGGUUCUGCCCACCCUCCUGUCCAUUCUUUACUGGGAGGAGAACAUCCUGUUGUGGAGUUUGCAUGGUGAAGUGGUUCCACGGUUAGUGUACCAACAUUUCCCCAGCACCCACUUCUGUGUAUAUUCACCCCUCCCCCCCCCCACAAAUGAAGAAAUGUCUCCCCCUUGUGCUCACACAUGGAGUGUGGGAUUUUUCCUGGUUAAGCGAUGCACAGAUAUCUGCAAGGCCGUGCCAAAUUUGCUAAGUGUUUCACUGAAAAAUCACUGUCGACAGUUGCACAGAAGCUUUACUACAAUCUUUGCGGUGUUUGUAUGCAGGAGAGCAGAGGACAGCACUGAGAGCACUGUGGCAGUACACACAGAACGAGGAUUAGUAUUCUGAAGUUUAUUAUUAUUAUUAUUAUGGCAUUCACUGACAAAGCUACUUGUGAAGUUUGGUUAUGAUGAAUAUGAAACAUUUCGUGCUUGACCUUCUCUUAAGAGAACCUCCUGGUCGAAACUGUUUCCCUUUUUGUCCGAAAAGCAUUGCGGUUUAAAAAAACAACAAAAAAAUAAAUAAAAAUACUGAACGUGGACACAACUAUGUAUUUUUUUUCAUUACUGUAAUAUCAAAAUGUGU